ACAACUUAUGGACAUGAAACACCAUGCAGAACAUGUGCAUUUAGCUACGAUGGACAUAUGGUAUUGUAUUCUACUGAUGAAGCAAUGGGAAGACCAUGUGAAUUAUUUGUUGUUGAUAUUAGGAGUAGACCCGAAGAGGGUCCAGCUAAACGUAUCAAUGUUACAUCGCGUCAAAAACAUAAAAAAGUGACGAGUUGUUUGUGGGGUACACUUGAUGACUUUGUGGUAACUGGUCAUGAAAAUGGAGAAUUAGUUCAAUGGGAUUUUAGAACGGGAGAAGAAACGCGAGCAGAACAUCCUCAUACAUUACAAAUAAUGGAUUUACAAACAAACAAAGAUUUAACAUUUAUAGUCUCAGCAUCAAAAGAUUGCACUGCCAAGCUUUUCGAUCUGGAAACAUUAACACAUGUUAAAACAUAUGAAACCGAAAGACCGGUCAAUUCAGCUGCAAUAUCACCAACAAAGGAUCAUGUUGUUCUUGGAGGAGGACAAGAAGCAAUCGAAGUAACGCAAACAUCGGCACAGACAGGAAAAUUUGAAGCAAGAUUUUUUCACUUGAUAUUUGAAGAAGAAUUUGCACGUGUGAAAGGUCAUUUUGGCCCGAUCAAUUCUUUAGCAUUUCAUCCAGAUGGUAAAAGUUAUGCCAGCGGAGGUGAAGAUGGUUUUGUGAGAUUGCAAUAUUUUGAUGUUGAUUAUUUGGAGUAUGAUUUAACCUACUAA